AAUUCUUACAUCUGAUUUUUACAUCUUCUGCUAAAAGAGUUUAUACGGGCUUUCUGUGAAAAUAAUAGUUCUUUUAAUAUUUUUAGUUUAGUUUUUAUCAAAAAAAGUUUCUUUUCAUUUAUAUAUGCUUAUAGCUGCAUAAAUAUAUGAGGAAUUGUGAAAUUUUUACAAUAUGAGUUCUGAUAGCGAUGAUGAAGGUUCUACCGGUCGUGGCGGUGGAGGGUCGGCUGAUAGUUGCGCCGGAGGUGGUUUUGGUUUGGACCUAACAGGUAUACUCUUUGGUAACAUAGACUCGGAAGGGAAAUUGGUAGACGAUGAAGCCGGUAAUGCAUUCGAUCCAGAAUUUCGUGAAAACAUAGCCUCACUGUCCAAAUUGGGACUGAAUUCAAUGCUGAACGAGGUAAUUGAUACCGAAAAAGAUGAAAUGGAUGAAGUAGAUACACCUAAACAUCCAAUGAGUGAUUUUGAUGCUCUCAAAGCUGGAUUUACGAAUAACGAUGGCAAUGAAGCUGAUAACGAAGACGAUGGUGAAAUUGUCAAAGAUGAUGAUGCUAUUGACUAUUCGGAUAUAACAGAGCUGUCAGAAGACUGUCCGCGCACACCUCCCUCAGCUGAACAAAGUUUACUUGAAGAUCUUGAGGACGCAAUACCCGCCUCAAAAGUCGAGGCUUCAAGUAUAACCAAAGACGAUAAGGAACUAAUGCCUCCACCGCUUGCACCAAUUCGUAAUCUCACGGCAAGCAGCAAUAAUGUUGAUGCUUUAGCUAAAACUAAUGGACUGGACAGUUCAAACGCCGAUGCGAAAUCGGAUAAAGCGUCAGAACGAAAAUUGGACACGCCCUUAGCAGAUAUGCUGCCUUCUAAAUACGCCAAUGUGGAUGUGAGAGAACUAUUUCCAGACUUUCGGCCCGAUAAAGUUUUGCGUUUUUCACGACUUUUUGGACCAGGAAAACCUUCUAGCCUACCACAAAUUUGGCGCAGUGUGAAGAAAAGAAGGCGGCGACGAAAGCACUCACGUGAUCAAAAGAGUACCAAUAAUGGUUCUGAUUCCCCAAGUGAUUCGGAAGAACCGAAGAAAAAAGGUUUCGGUCUACACUACGGUCCUGACCCAAUGCCAUAUCAAUGCGUUUCCGAUGACGAAGAUAGAUUAUUGAGCAUUACAAAUAAUGAAGAUGUCAAACCCGAGGGACCCGACAGUGGUGAUAACAGUGACAAUAAGCCCAAAAUCGCUGAUUGGCGUUACGGGCCAGCGCAAAUUUGGUAUGACAUGUUGGAAGUGCCGGACUCGGGAGAAGGUUUCAAUUACGGUUUUAAAACAAAACCGACCGGCACACCACAAAAAGGUGGCAACACAGACACACAAGCAUUAGUGCCAGUGGAAGAAGAUAUCGAAAUCAAAGGUGAAGCCAUUGCCGACGAUGCAUUCUUGAUGGUCUCGCAGCUGCAUUGGGAGGAUGAGGUUGUCUGGGAUGGCAACGAUAUCAAAGCGAAAGUACUGCAAAAAUUGAACUCAAAAACAAUCGCAGCAGGCUGGUUGCCUUCAAGUGGUUCGCGUACAGCCGGCGCAUUUAGUCAACCCGGCAAAACAAUGCCCGUUUCGGGGAAUACAGGAAGUGGCAAAAUGCAAGGCGGCGGUUCGUCUAGCAAAAAGGCUAAUCAGAUCAUACAAAGUAAAGCACCCGAAGCAGUGGACGACACCUGGUACAGCAUCUUUCCGGUGGAGAAUGAGGAAUUGAUUUAUGGUAAAUGGGAGGAUGAAAUCAUCUGGGAUGCCGAACAGAUGACCAAAUUGCCGAAACCCAAAGUGCUCACGCUCGAUCCGAAUGAUGAGAAUAUUAUACUCGGUAUACCCGAUGACAUUGAUCCAUCGAAAAUUAGCAAAAAUACCGGACCACCGCCGAAAAUCAAAAUACCACAUCCGCAUGUUAAGAAAUCUAAGAUUUUAUUGGGUAAGGCAGGUGUGAUCAAUGUGUUAGCUGAGGACGCGCCACCACCACCGCCAAAGAGUCCCGAUCGUGAUCCCUUCAACAUAUCGAAUGAUUCCUACUAUCAGCCUAAGACUGAGCCAACAUUACGACUUAAAGUGGGUGGCGGCAAUUUGAUACAGCAUUCCACGCCCGUAGUUGAGCUACGUUCACCAUUUAUACCGACAUAUAUGGGUCCAAUGAAACUGCGCUCAUUCCAUCGUCCACCACUGAAACGCUUCUCUCACGGUGCAUUAGCAUCACCCGGCCCACAUCCUGUACUGCCACUGCUGAAAUACAUCGCCAAAAAGGCCAAACAACGCGAGGUGGAGCGCAUAGCGUCCGGUGGUGGCGAUGUCUUCUUCAUGCGUAAUCCCGAAGAUUUGAGCGGCAAAGAUGGCGAUAUAAUAUUAUGCGAAUUUUGUGAAGAGCAUCCGCCUUUGAUGAAUCAAGUCGGCAUGUGUUCGAAAAUCAAAAACUACUACAAACGCAAGGCGGCCAAGGAUAAUGGUCCGCAAGACUUCAAAUAUGGCGAGGUGGCUUUUGCGCAUACCAGUCCCUUCUUGGGUAUCAUACAUCCGGGCCAAUGCAUACAGGCGUUGGAGAAUAAUAUGUAUCGUGCGCCGAUCUAUCCGCACACAAUCAAUCCGACGGAGUUUCUUGUCAUACGCAAUCGUAGCAAUUUUUGGAUACGCGCUAUCAAUGCCUUGUUUACAGUGGGUCAAGAGUGCCCCAUUUACGAAGUGCCUGGUCCGAAUUCGAAACGCGCCAAUAAUUUCACACGUGACUUCUUGCAGGUGUUCAUUUAUCGCCUCUUUUGGAAGAGUCGCGACAAUCCGCGUCGCAUACGCAUGGAUGAUAUAAAGCGUGCUUUCCCCGCGCACUCGGAGAGCAGCAUACGCAAACGUUUGAAACAGUGUGCCGACUUCAAACGUACCGGCAUGGACUCGAACUGGUGGGUUAUCAAGCCGGAAUUCCGCUUGCCGUCCGAGGAAGAGAUACGCGCAAUGGUCUCACCGGAGCAGUGUUGCGCAUUCUUUAGCAUGAUAGCAGCCGAGCAGCGCUUGAAGGAUGCCGGUUAUGGUGAGAAGUUCUUAUUCGCGCCACAAGAGGAUGACGAUGAGGAGGCGCAACUGAAGUUGGAUGACGAAGUGAAAGUGGCGCCUUGGAAUACCACGCGCGCUUACAUACAAGCGAUGCGUGGCAAGUGUCUGCUACAACUGACUGGUCCAGCUGACCCCACCGGUUGUGGUGAAGGCUUCUCUUAUGUGCGCGUGCCUAAUAAGCCUACGCAAACCAAAGAGGAGCAGGAGUCACAGCCGAAGCGCACAGUCACUGGCACCGAUGCCGAUUUGCGUCGUCUGCCAUUGCAGCGUGCCAAAGAGUUGCUGCGUAAAUUCAAAGUGCCUGAAGAGGAGAUACGUAAACUGUCACGUUGGGAGGUUAUCGAUGUGGUGCGCACACUCUCGACCGAGAAGGCCAAAGCGGGCGAACAGGGUAUGGACAAAUUUUCGCGUGGUAAUCGGUUUUCCAUUGCCGAGCAUCAAGAGCGUUACAAGGAAGAGUGUCAACGCAUAUUCGAUUUGCAAAAUCGUGUGUUGGCGAGUUCAGAGGUACUCUCCACGGAUGAGGAUGAGUCUUCAGCCUCAGAAGAGUCUGAUCUUGAAGAGCUGGGUAAAAAUUUGGAAAAUAUGCUCUCAAAUAAGAAGACAUCCACACAACUAUCGCUCGAACGCGAAGAGCAAGAGCGUGAAGAGUUGUUGAAAAAAAUUAUGGAAGAUCAAGAGGGUGGCAAGGGCAGCAAAUCGAAAGAUGGCAAAGACGACAACUCACAGCAACAGGUGUCGAAUCCAAAUCAAGGUCGUAUACUUAAGAUUACACGCACAUUCAAGGAUAGCGAAGGCAAGGAGUAUACGCGUGUGGAGAUUGUGCGCCGACAGCCCGUGAUCGAUGCGUACAUGAAGAUACGCACCACGAAAGAUGAGCAAUUCAUCAAGCAGUUCGCCACAUUGGACGAGCAGCAGAAGGAGGAGAUGAAGCGUGAAAAACGACGCAUACAAGAGCAACUGCGACGUAUUAAACGUAAUCAAGAGCGCGAGCGGCUCGCAAUGCUGGCGCAGAAUCAGAAGUUGCAGCCGGGCGGUAUGCCAACCUCGCUGGGUGAUCCCAAGUCUUCCGGCGGCUCAUCGCAUAAAGAACGCGAUACGCCACACAAGGAAGUCAGUCCGUCGCGCAAGAAGUUCAAGUUGAAGCCGGACUUGAAGCUCAAGUGUGGCGCGUGUGGACAGGUUGGUCACAUGCGCACCAAUAAAGCCUGUCCGCUCUACACUGGUCUACAGGGUCCAUCGAACUCCUCUAAUGCGAAUAUUAGCGAAGAGCAGGAGGAGGAAGUGGAGAAGGAGCUCAAUUGCGAGGACGAUGAUUUGGUGAAUGUCGAUGGCACUAAAGUGACCUUAAGCAGUAAGGUGCUUAAGCGACACGAUGAUGUGCGCAGACGCACUUUGUUGUUGAAGGUGCCCAAAGAGGCUGUGGGCAAGAAGAAGCGACGCAUGGCUGGCGAUCUACAUUGCGACUAUCUGCAACGUCAUAAUAAGACCGCAAAUCGUCGACGUACAGAUCCGGUAGUGGUUUUGUCUUCCAUACUCGAGGAGAUACUCAACGAGUUGCGUUCGAUGCCGGAUGUGACACCCUUUCUAUUUCCCGUUAAUGCUAAGCUUGUGCCCGACUACUAUCGCAUUGUCUCCAAGCCGAUGGAUCUACAGACCAUGCGCGACUACAUACGUCAACGUCGCUAUCAUAAUCGCGAAGAAUUCUUGGCCGAUCUUAAUCAAAUUGUCGAGAACUCUACCCUGUACAAUGGUGCACGCAGCUCAUUCACGGUUGCUGCUCAACGCAUGUUGCAGAGUUGUUUCGAGCUGUUGGCUGAGAAGGAAGACAAGCUAAUGCGUUUGGAGAAAGCUAUCAACCCACUGCUGGAUGAUAACGAUCAGGUGGCGUUGUCUUUCAUUUUCGAGCAAUUGCAUGGCAAGAUAAAGCUGAUGCAAGAAAGCUGGCCUUUCCUGAAGCCAGUCAAUAAGAAGCAAGUAAGGGAUUACUAUACGAUCAUCAAGCGUCCCAUGGAUCUGGAAACUAUUGGCAAGAAUGUAGAAGCGCAUCGUUAUCACUCACGCGCCGAGUUCUUGGCGGACAUUGAGCUCAUUGCGGCCAACUGCGAGCAGUACAAUGGCAGUGAAUCGCGUUUCACUAAGAAUGCUAAAGAUUUGCUGCUUUUCGCGCGCACGCAACUAGAGGAGUUCUCCGAUCAUUGCACUCAACUCGAGCAAAACAUCAGCAAAGUGCAAGAGCGUGCACGUGCCGAUGCCGAAUUGGAUGAUACAUGGUGUGGUGAUGAUCAAGACUAUGAUUUCCCACAUCGCACGAGUCGUUCGAGCACGCCGGAAAAUGAUUUCAUCGAUGUCGAAGGCAACGAACGUCCAUCAACUUCAGCGGCUGCCUUAAAUUCCUCUGGCUCAACAUUCAAUCGCAAUUUUGCUGGUGGCAUUACCAUACCGGCAACGGCUGGUAGUGGCAACGAUAUGGCACCCCCACCGUCCGAUGUGAAACGUGGCCGCGGUCGCCCGCGUAAACAACGCGACACAGUCGAGGAGGGUCACAGUCUUAAUGUCAAAAUAAAUGCGAGCGCUGUUAAACGUGGGCGUGGCCGACCCCGCAAGGACAGCCUAGCCUCAAAUAUAAGUAACCCACAAAAUUCCUUUUUGGAAGAAGAUUUACAAUGCUCCACGGAUGAUGAGGAGUUCCAGGAGGUCUCAGAGGAUGAGAAUAACGCCGCCAGCAUACUCGAUCAAGGCGAACGCAUACAACCGAACGGUGUUGGCAUGGACGCUGUGGGCGUUAUGGGCAUGGAUCAAAUUGAUGUGUCGCACAUAAAGACAGAGAUGAAAAUUGAGCCGCCGCAGCUCGCCAAUGAGGAAGAAGGUGCAGAGCAACAGUGCGAGGAUGACAGCCAACAAGCCGCCGAGGCGAUGGUACAACUGAGUGGCGUUGGCUUCUACACACAACAGCAGCAAGAUGACUCAAUGGAUUUGGAUCCCAACUAUGAUCCAUCAGAUUUCUUAAAUUUCGGCAAUCGUCCUGUCAAUAAUAAUCCGAUGGAAGAUUUGCAAUCAACACAAAAUCAUAUGCAAUACGGUAAAGAGGAUGAUGAAGCGCAGGCACACUACAAUCCGAAUGCCAGCAUGCCUGAUGGUGCAAUGUCAGCGGAAAUGUCAUCAAUGCCACAGAUGCCACUAAUCAUGCCAAGUCAUGAUAAUGUCGGCAUUGAUGACGACUUGGCCAUAUCGGAGAGUGAUGAGGAAGAUGGUGGUGGUGGUGGUGGCGAUAUGUCAAUGAAGCAUGAAGUUUUCAAUGAUAGCGGUGAAAUGGCUAAUGAUGGCAUUGAUGCCAAUCUGCAAAACAACACAAAUGAGCCACAGACUAACGAUGGUCAAAUGCAUAUGGAUAUGGCAAAGCCGGAGCAGCAUCAUCAACAAGACGAUGGUGAUGACGAUGAUUGGUUACACUUCUAAAUGCAAUGAAAUACAUGUAUGGGUUUUUAAAUAACCGUAUUUAUAAGAAUUUAAAUAAAUUAUGUAUUUUAAUCAAGUUAAAAUGUAUGUAAAGUAACAACUUAUUGUAUUCUAAAUAUAAAAUUUUUAAUAUUA